AUGGAGAACGGAUUUCUUGAUAAAGUAGAGGACAAUGCUGCUGUCCGUAUGUGGUCAGAGAAAACACAAUUAGAGAGAGGAGAUAGUCUAGCCGGGGGAUACACGUCGGAAUUGUGGGACUACGCCCGUAUCAGCUUGUUCAGCUCUAGUUACGGGGAUUUGCCGUAUCUACUCGACAUUAAGGUAGAUGAACAUUUGUUUCGGGCCUUCGCUCAGUAUUGGAACCCAGCAUAUAGUUGCUUUACAUUUGGAAAGGUUGAUUUAGUACCAACUAUAGAAGAAUAUAUAGCUUUGCUUCGUUGCUCGAUGAUCCAAGCUGAUAAAGUUUGCUCUAGAGCCGUUAAUGUCCCAACCUUUGCGAAAAAGUUGAUGAACAUCACCGGAAUGAGUGAGCAGUGGGUCACAGCACGAAUCAAGCAGAAGGGGAAAAGUAAAUGCAUUCCUUGGAAAAGCCUGCAAGAGCUGAUUUUGGCACACCCUGAUGCAAGGAAAAAGGUCGACGUUUUUACUCUGAGCAUUUAUGAGCUAGUAAUUUUUCCUAAUGCACUAGGGCACGUAGAUGAAGCAGCCACAGAUCUCUUUGACCAACUUGAUAAGAGGGUUACACCAGUUCUGACCAUUUUGAAUCUUCAUGAGGAGGACAUUGAGUGGAGACCCCCGUGGUUACUUCCGGAUGAGAUCUUGUACCGAUGUGGUAAUUUUGAUUGGGUCCCAUUACUUGAAAUCUGGGGAGCUGUUGGUUAUGCUCCAUUGAUGGUGCUAAGGCAGUACAGGUCAAGGCAGUUUAUACCUGCAACCCAAGGCCUAGCUGAGUCCGAAUUCUCAUAUAAAGACGAUGGCUAUAAAAAGAAGAUUCGAGAGAUAACCAGGACAUGGGACCAAACUCGACGGAUAAAGAGAUUAGCUGUAGGCCCGAUGACGACUCCUGAAUAUAAUGAAUGGUGGGUUAGAAGGAUUAAUGAUAACAUCCCAAGGUCAAGUCAAGGAGAUAGUCAAUCAAUAGAAGAACAUUUGCGGGUUGUUCCCUCCGAAUUGGAAAUUAUGAAGCAAGAUUUUGACAAGAGGAAUGCAGAGCUUGAAAAGAAGAUUUAA